UUAUAAACCAGAAAAGCUGCCCAACUUGUUUCUUCUAUCGAACCCUAAUCGAGCCGGGUCAUCUCAUAAAAUUUCUUCGACAUUGCAUUCCUCCGUCGUCUUCAGAUCCUUCCCCGCUGUUCCUUAACCUCUUCUUCUCCGGUCGAUUCCACCUUCUCCUUCCCCGGAACCGAAGUCCUUGUACCGGAAUUUCAUCCAGUUUCUUUUGUUUACCGAACCGAUUUGUCGCGUAACCAACCCGGUCACGAACCCCUAAACCAAAAAGGAUGGAUUCGGAUUUAGAGCCUGUAGCUCUUACACCGCAGAAACAAGACAGUGCGUGGAAGCACUGUGAAGUUUACAAAUAUGGUGAUAGAGUUCAGAUGAGAUGUCUUUACUGUCGUAAGAUGUUUAAAGGAGGUGGUAUUACAAGGGUUAAGGAACAUCUUGCUGGUAAGAAGGGACAAGGCACGAUCUGUGAUCAAGUCCCUGAUGAGGUUCGUCUCUUCUUGCAGCAGUGUAUUGAUGGUACUGUGAGACGUCAGAGGAAGAGGCGUAAAUCGAGUCCUGAUCCCUUGCCUAUAGCUUAUUUCCCUCCUUGUGAAGCUGAAACUCAGGUUGUUGCUCCUUCUGAUGUGGACAAUGGUUUUAAAUCGCCGGGUUCUGAUGUGGUUGCUGGUCAAAGCACGGGGAGGACGAAGCAGAGAACUUACAGGAGUAGAAAGAAUAAUGCUUUUGAGAGGAAUGAUUUGGCUAAUGUUGAGGUUGGUGUUGGGAACAGUAUGAGUGACUUGCUUGGUCGAGAUAUGGACAAUUUGAUUCCUGUGGCUAUUAGUAGCGUGAAGAACAUUGUGCAUCCGUCUUCUAAAGACCGGGAGAAAACAGUUCAUAUAGCCAUGGGACGGUUUCUGUUUGAUACUGGAGCUGAUUUUGAUGUGGCUAAUUCUGCUAAUUUCCAACCGUUUAUGGAUGAAAUUGUUUCUGGAGGGUUUGGUGUUUCUAGUCCCACAUGUGAAGACCUCAGAGGCUGGAUUUUGAAGAGUUGCGUAGAGGAAGUGAAGAAAGAAAUUGAUGAAUGUAAGUCUCUGUGGAAAAAGACAGGCUGUUCUGUUCUAGUUCAAGAAUUAAACUCCAACGAAGGCUGCUUUAAGAUCCUCAAGUUUUUGGUUUACUGCCCGGAGAAAGUAGUGUUUCUGAAAUCCGUUGACGCAUCGGAGAUGUUAGAUUCUGAGGAUAAGUUGUUUGAGAUACUUAAGGAGGUGGUUGAAGAGAUAGGUGAUAGCAAUAUUGUUCAAGUGAUUACCAAAUGUGAAGACCAUUACGUCGCUGCUGGGAAAAGGUUGAUGGAUGUGUAUCCUUCUUUGUACUGGGUUCCUUGUGCUGCAGACUGCAUAGACAAGAUGCUGGAAGGAUUCGGAAAGAUGGACUGGAUAAGCGAGAUUAUCGAACAAGCUCGAACUGUCACAAGAAUUAUUUACAAUCAUAGUGGUGUUUUGAAUCUGAUGAGGAAGUUCACUUUUGGCAUUGAUAUUGUGCAACCAGGCGUUACCAGUUCAGCCACAAAUUUUACAACAAUGGCAAGAAUUGCUGAUCUAAAACCCCAUUUGCAGGCUAUGGUUACUUCAUCCGAGUGGAACGAUUGUUCAUAUUCGAAGGAAGCAGGUGGAUUAGCAAUUACUGAGACUAUCAAUGAUGAGGGUUUCUGGAAAGCAAUAACAUUGGCAACCUAUAUAACUGGUCCUCUUUUGCGGGUUUUGAGGAUAGUUUGUUCUGAAAGGAAGCCUGCAAUGGGGUAUGUCUAUGCAGCGGUAUACAGAGCAAAGGAAGCAAUUAAGACACAUAUGAUACACAAGGAGGAUUACACCAUCUACUGGAAAAUUAUUGAUAGGUGGUGGUUGCAACAACAUCGUCUUCCUUUACAUGCUGCUGGUUUCUAUCUUAACCCAAAGUUCUUCUAUAGCAUUGACGAAGAAAUGCGUAGUGAGAUCCAUUUAGCUGUGGUUGAUUGUAUAGAGAAGUUGGUCCCUGACGUCAACAUUCAAGAUAUAAUCAUUAAGGACAUGCACUCUUACAAGAACGCUCUUGGGAUUUUCGCAAGGAACUUAGCAAUCAGAACUCGUGACACUAUGCUUCCUGCUGAAUGGUGGUCUACAUAUGGAGAAAGCUGUUUGAACCUGUCANCGAGAGGUUAG